AUGAUAUUGAACUUAGAACCUAAGUUUGGUAUAGAAAUAAAAGAAAAGUGGAAGGUGAUACCAACUGUGAUUAAGGAUUUAGAAUUUGGAAUUGAAGCUGUACAGUUGAAUGAUUGUAACAAUGAAGAAAAAGAUAUUGUUAAGAAUAAUUUGAGAUCUAAAGCGAUUAAUGUAAUUUCUAACUAUUACAAUAAGAAUGAUAGACUAAAUCAUAAAGUAUUAAUCAAAAAUUUAUAUAUUACUCGAAAAUUUCUAAAAGAGAGACCUGACUUAAUAGUUGCAAGAGCGGAUAAAGGGAACACAACAGUGAUAAUGUUAAAAACUGAGUAUGAAACUGAAAUGAGAAAGAUGUUGAAUGACAAGGUGACAUAUAAAUUAUUGAAAAAGGAUCCUACAAAUAAAUGGCAAAAAGUUGCAAACAGUUUAGUGAACAAGUUAGUAGUAGCAAAAAUUGUUGAGGAACAACAAGGUAAACAUCUGAAAGCAAAGUAUACUGUUGCACCUAGGAUUUAUGGUUUGAGCAAAACACACAAGGAGACUUGUUGUUUGCGUCCAGUGGUCAGUUGUGUUAAUUCCCCGAGUUACAACCUGGCACGGUUCCUACAUGAAAUACUGACUCCAGUGAUUGAGAAGUUUCAAUAUAAUGUAAAGAAUUCAUUUGACUUCGUGACAUUUAGUGAAAAGGUUAGCUUACCGAAGAAUUAUGUACUGAUUUCAUUGGAUGUAGUGUCAUUGUUCACGAAUGUACGUCGUGACUUGAUUCUUAAAGUAAUUGAGGAAACUUGGGAUAACAUGAAGCAUCUAGUAAAAAUUCCUAAGAGUGUGUUAGUUGACCUCAUUACGUUUUGUUAUGAUUCAAGUUACUUUGUAUAUCAAGGAGAGUUCUAUGCACAGAUGGAGGGCAGCAGUAUGGGAAACCCUGCAAGUCCAGUUAUAGCUAACAUCGUUAUGAACUAUGUCAUCGAUCAGAUAUUGAAGAUUCUACCGUUUGAAAUUCACUUCUUAAAGUUGUACGUGGAUGAUACCAUCGCAGCCAUACCGGAGUCAGAAUUAAAAGAUCCAGUAAAUAAACAACAACAAACUGGAAUAGUGUAUAAAAUACCUUUUUGGGGAUAA